AUGGAUUAUGUUUAUCUACAUAUAUACAAAACUUCUCAUAUGGAGGAUUUUCCAGUGAGCCGAUUCCUUUCUGCAAAAUCUUUGCAUGUGUGUCACAAUAUUUUGAAUAUAACUUUAGGUUUGGCCUGUACAUCUUUCCCGUCAGACCUGACCGGUGAUUGGACGGACUCGAGCACAAACAAAGGAGUGGAUUUCAAGUCCUCGGGAGUUACUGGUUGGGACGUGACCUUAUUUGGCAGAAGUGUCAAUAGCUGGACUUGUGUGGAUGAAGACACUGACCAAAUUUUACUGGCUUCUCCUCCAGUAACUAUUUACGGACUGGACUUCGUCGUUUACCGUUGUAUGAAAUACAAGAAAUUGAGCAGUUGUUCCUACAAGAUAACAUUUAACAGCGGCAAACAGAUGAAUGCAGGGAACCAAAGAGUGAUUGUUUUAUUAAAGGGAGAUAAGGACGCUAAUGGAGACUCUAAAGCUACGGUCGCCCUAUGUAAUGCGGGAGUGGUCGAAUCUCGUACCAUCAGGAAAAAUACAUGCAGUUAGGUCAUUUAUUCCAUGGGAUCAGCAUACCGACUCAACGGCAAAUUGUUGUGUACAGUCUUUGUUCUCCACAGAUUUAAUAUUUUGACUCUAUAUAAAUCCACCUUUUCUUA